AUGUCCGACCUUAUUGCACAGCUUGAGGCUCUUUCCAAGUCCCCUCCUUCAGAUCCCGCUGCGCGUUCGAACCUGUACCGAGCGGCUAGAAAGCUUCUGGCCGCAACAGAAGACCCGUUCAAUACUAUCUGUCGGGUCAAUGGGGCACCCAUGAUCCUCACAUUUGCGCAAGUGGCAUGCAACUUGGGCUUGUUCAAGAAACUCGCCGAAGCCCCCAUUCCCUUGUCAACUGCCUUUCUGGCUAGCUUUUCGGGGGCUGAUACCAUAUUGCUGAGCCGCAUACUCAGAUUUCUAGCAUCGAUGGAUAUGAUCGCCGAAGUCGGAGAGGAUGAGUUCACUUCUAACAACGUUACACAUAUUCUUGCCCGUCCUGGGUUUCAGGCUGGUAUAGCCCACACUUUUAUGGUCGUCAUGCCAUGCCUUCAAGUCACGCCAAAGUUUCUCGCCGACACAGGGUAUAGGAACCCUACCGAUGUGUUGUUCAGUCCGUUUCAAGUUGCCCAUAAGACCGACAAGCCGGCUUAUGCGUGGGCGAUGGACCAACCGGAACUCAUGGCGGACUUUAAUUUGUGGAUGACCGAGCAACACCGGAGCCAGAAGACUUGGUUGGAUGUAUUCGAUUUCGCCGCCCAUAUCGGCGACUCGAUGCCAGAGACGCUUCUCAUGGUCGACGUAGGUGGUGGCCUUGGACAGCAGUGUGCCCUCUUCAAGAAGACGCACCCCGAAAUACCAGGUCGCGUGGUUUUGCAGGACCAGCCGUUCGUCUUACCACAUGCUAUCUCCAUAAACGGCGUCGAAACCCAGGCGUACGACUUUUGGACGGAGCAACCUCUGCAAGGUGCCCGCGUUUACUACAUGAGGAACAUAUUGGAAGAUUAUCCCGAUACCAAAGCACUCAGUAUCAUCAGGAAUAUCCUGCCGGCUUUAUCUCCUAACUCAGUCCUCAUCAUCGAUGAGAUGAUCAUUCCAAACUCGGGUGCAAAUGCGCGUUCUACUGUACAGGACAUGAUAAUGAUGACUAGCCUGGCGUCGGCCGAGAGGACGGAGAAGCAAUGGAACGCUCUCCUCGACCAGGCUGGUUUAAAGGUGAUACAGAAGACUGCGUAUAGACCAGAAACGGGCGAGAGCAUUAUCGUUGCAGUUCCCAAUUAGAUCAUCGCAAGAAAGUCACCCAGAUCAAGAUGGGAUAUCGAAGAUGCUUCCACAAAACUAAUUGAUUAUAGUGAGAUGGCAAAAUCAUUGGUACCUACGCAGUGUGGCUCAGAACCCGAGUAUAAAUCAAUUGUUCUUGACUUAAGCUAUGUUCGGUCCUAAUUAAUUAUAAAUUUCAACCUAUGUUAUUUAUUCCAAGUGUGCCUUACUUCCUGGCUAGUAGUUAUACUCUUUACAUUGACUUGUAGUUAUAUCCUUGUUAAAAGGAGAACUAGAUGACCCCCUGAAUGACUAAGCAACCCCUGAAUGAACCAAAAUUACCUAUCUAAACUAAUUAUCAAUCAAACUCCUUUCUCAAUUCAGCAGAAGUCAUGCUAGGAGCUAUAGGAAGAACUAAUAGUUGAACCAAUCGAUAACUACCUAGGUAGGCAUAAAUUGGAUGGAACUACCCGAGUUCUCCGGUGGAGAUGAUUGGUGACUUAAUAAGAGCUGAUUGCCAUAUGUAAGAUCCAAUCCUCCUUAUGAAUUAGCCAUUCUAAUACUAAAGGGGUUUUUUCUUGAAAUAAUAAGAACAUUGUUCCAUCUGUAACGAUUUAAACUAAGUGAGACGAUUGAUAAUAGAUGGCGUUGACUGAU